AUACAGUGGAAUCCCUAAUGAAAUUGUGUUGUAAAUGAACAUCGAAAAUGACAUUAUAAUUGAAUUUCAGCCCAACAUUGAUCAAUCCAGUUAUUUUCAGGGUAUAAAAGCUUGAAGGAUUCAGAUGAAAAAUCAGAACGUGCUUCACCAUCCAAGAGAAAACAUCACCUAACACAAAAACAAAAAAAUUAUCAUCAUGCAAGCCAACUUCGUAAAACUUUUCAUGUUCGUUGUUGUCGUUGUCUUCGUAGUUGCUUUAAUUGAAAAUGUUGAUGCUACAUACAGAAAACCGCCCUUUAAUGGAUCGAUUUUUGGAAAAAGAAGUUCCACCAUCGAUUACGAUAAUGCUGGAAAAGCUUUAUCCUCUAUGUGUGAAAUUGCAAGUGAGGCUUGCCAGGCAUGGUUCCCAGCUCAAGAUAAAUAAAUCUCCCAAUAAUUUAUGAAGAACUAGAAUGGAUCCUGGAAUAAAAACUUUUUGUAAUUAUAAUUAUUUACUGUAAUCGCAUAAAUGGAAAAUACGUAAUAAAUGCAUAGCAAAAUGAA